GCUCUGGCUGGGGGAUGUGGGGGACUCUGUGCAGCUCCAGUGCUCUGUGGUCUCCCAGGCCCCAGCCACCCGCAUCGUCUACUGUAAGGACGGGGAGGAGGUUUUCUUCCAGGCAGGGUUGAAGAAGAAGGUCAUCUACAGCUAUGACCACACAGUGUCCAUGGGCAGCUCUGGGAAUUACUCCUGCGGGUACGAGAUCAAGGAGAGCGACAAGCAAGUGAACAGAUCCCAGCUCAGCCCUGCGAAGCACCUCAGUGUUUCCGCGCUGAGUCCCAGCAGCCAGGAGAUCUGCUCAGCUCCCGGUGUUCUCCCUGCCCCCAUCCUCUAUCUGAGCCAGACGUCUGCUCGACAGGGCGACUCCGUGCAGCUCAAGUGUUCUGUGGUCUCGCAGGCCCCAGCCACCCACGUCAUCUUCUGUAAGGAUGGGGAGGAGGUUUUCUCCCAGACAGGGUUGGAGAAGAAUGUCUCCUACAGCUAUGACCAUGCGGUGUCCAUGGGCAGCUCUGGCAAUUACUCCUGCGGGUACGAGAUCAAGGAGAGCAACAAGCGGGUGACCAGAUCCAAGCUCAGCCCUGCCCAGCACCUCAGCAUUACUGGCAGCGUGAGCAAUAGAAGAGGAGGGGAGGAGCCGACCCGUACAGAGCCAGUCAUGUCUCUCGUCAUCUGGGCUGCUCGCUGUGUCCUGGUCCUGCUCCUCUUGCUCUCUGCACCUAUCAUCACUUUCAUGCUGGAGAGACGGGGCCUGCCUCAUCUCACAGGGCUGGAGAAGACUCAUCGGGGUAGCAUCAGCAUCAUGGAGGGUAAAGGGGCUGGGAGUGGAGUAACCAUGUAAACAAGCUGUUAGUAGGGGGCUGAAGGUUCUGGGGAGAUACCAAUGCUCAGCUCUGAGCAGGUUGUUGGGGAGACACCAUUGGUCAGUGCUGCACACUAGGCUCCUGCAGUAACAGUCUUUGCCCAGGUAACUCCUCCAGCAUCCUUCAGAAGCAGAAGAAUCCCUCCUUCGAGAAAAGCUGUUUGAUUAGGGGGAAAGGAUGGGCUCAUGGUUAAGCCCCUAGGAUGGGACUUCUGGGAGAUUGAGGUUUAAGUCUCAGUUGUGCUACAGCAUCCUUGAGCAUGUCACUUCAUCGCCUUGGGGCUCAGCUCCCCAUCUGUGAAACAGGGACAAUAAUUCUGCCUUCUCUAAGGGGAAAAUUUCCAAAGCCCCUAUAGGAUUUAGGAGCACAAGUCUGUGACUGUGCUUUGUGCUCCUAAAUCCCUCGAGUGCUUUUGAAAAUCUCCUCCUUACAUUGCACACCCAGCAGUUAUUGAAACUGGGUGUAGCGGUUUUGGAUAUGCUCAAGCUCCCUGUAGCUCAACUCAUAAACUCCACUGAAAACAAGUAGUCAGGGCAGCUACUUUACAAAAAAGACCUGUGACCUGCCUGGGCUGAGAGAAACGCAGCCACAGGAACAAAAAGCAAGUUGUUUUCAUAGAUUCAUAGAUUCUAGGACUGAAAGGGACCUCGAGAGGUCAUUGAGUCCAGUCAUCUGCCCUCAUGGCAGGACCAAAUACUGUCUAGACCGGGGUCGGCAACCUUUCAGAAGUUGUGUGCCGAGUCUUCAUUUAUACACUCUAAUUUAAGGUUUUGCAUGCUGGUAAUACAUUUUAAUGUUUUUAGAAGGUCCCUCUCUACAAGUCUAUGUAUUGUAUAACUAAACUAGUGUUGUAUUGUAAAAUAAACAAGGUUUUCAAAAUGUUUAAGAAGCUUCAUUUAAAAUUAAAUUAAAAUGUUGAUCUUACGCUGCCGGCCCGCUCAGCCCACUGCUGGUCUG